GUCACGUAUAUCCGCAAACACAAAAAAGAAAUAGAGAGAGAAGAAGAAGGGGAAGUUGAUUAGCAAUUCUACAUAUGGCAAAAAAAAUUGGUAUAGAAGUACAUUGUACACAUACAAUGAGGAAAGAAAAAGGAAACUAUAUCUUCAUAUUCAUUGCACAUAGAUUCUUCAUUAUCUUUUUAUGAAAAUGGUUCCCUCUACAUUUCCAUAAAACGAAAAACAGAGACUGGAAACUACACACUAUAAGAAGGGAAUUGGAGAUGUUAGCAUGCUGUAUACGAAAUACUUGAUAAAUAUAUAAUUAUAAGUUACACAAAAGAUAGUUACAUAUAAAAAAUGGAGGCCAUGAAGAAGAUGGGCGUGAUCAUGGUGUUGUUUGUGGUUUUGGGGUCAAUGACGAACCAACAACAAAUGGUUUCUGCAGAUCGAGCAGAGUGUGUUGCCAAAUGCUUGGCUGGGUGCACGCUACUGCUUUACAGUCGAUGUGUUGAGUUCUGCAAUGAUUAUUGUGAUGCUGGUGGGAAACUACAACAACAAUAUAAUCGUCAUACAAAAAUCAAGUCCAACAAUCUCUAAUACCCAUUUUGAUUCCUCUAAUUAAUUUGAAACAGAAAAUGGUGUGUAAGGAUAGUUUGCUGAAUCAUGGAUUGACAAGCUAGCUAGCCUCUCUUCUUUUUUUUUUACCCUUCCCAUAGAUUGUUGUUGAAUGAAUAAAAACAAAGAUUUGCAUUGGUUUAUGAUAAUUUUCCUCUCCUAUUGGUGUAUGUUCAUGUUGUAUGUGUUUUUCAUGAUUGUUGAGGUACUCCCCCCACUCCUCUAAAAGGCUCGUGAUAUGUUUUUUCUUCUUCACGAGACACCUAAGGGAUACAAAGAAUCAACCCAAUUGCAGAGCAAGAUCAUGAUAUUACAAUGAAUAUAAUUAAUUGUAGAAAUCGAAACCAACAAACCCCGAAGGAAAUAAAUGUAAGGUCUUUCUUGCCAUACGAUAAACAAAGUAACCCUGCUAACAUUCCUUCUCACGAAACUCACUCUGUACUCUGAUGUCGGGGCCAACAAUACUCUUUUUCGAACCCCGCCACUUAGGGGAGAUGCAUGCGGGUUUCAGAUCUGUCACGAAAACUACAAAUCAAUCCACUGAUCGAGCGCACCACCCUAAUUCAAUACACAAAUGAGUAUGUGCGUGAAUUAAUGUAACAACGGUUUGGCCCAUAUCGAAACAAAUUGGACCGAAUAUAAUUGAUAUAAUGACUUUUGUACAUGAAAAAAAAGUGGUCACUCAUCACUUACACUUAUAUCCUUUGUGCGCUUUGGAUUUUGCCAAACCUAUCUCUCGAUGCUUUUAUGGGUCUCCCCGUCUUUAGUGUUCUAUCUCAUUACCCAUUUGUGGUUAUGAGAACUGUUCUUUGAAUUACGACCGUGAAAUUGGAACUGCAAAGCGAGCCAGCAAGUGGUGGGAGCUUUCCAACUCACCAUUGCCAUUCUGGCUAUGAAUUUUGGUUUAUCGAUCGUCAUGUUCGUGUACACCGUUUAUGGCUACCGGCACUGAGAUUUAAUCUGCUGAGAGAGCAAUGAGAUGCAUGCCGCUAGUGAUCUCUAGCAAAGACACUACUGGAGAGAAAAAUGGAGUUCUGUAUCGAGUAAAAUGGAGAGAAAAUAUUUGUGUUAGAAAGCGAUCGAUUUUGCUUGUUGGGACUUCCAUUUCUUCAGCAACAUUAAAGUCAGCGUCACCUUCCAACAAUGGCGGCGUCCACGAAGAAAUUCACCAUUCUGUUGUGCGUCGUGGCCUCGCAAGCGACGUUACUAUACAGUUUCGGAUACUAUACGGUGGUGGUGCUUCUUUCCUCCACCACCACGAUGGAAGAGGACCUCGGGAUGACGGAGAGCCAAGGGCACCACUUCCGGCGCGACACCCGAUGGACGUUCUUCUUCGCGUGCUUCAUUUCGGGCUUCGUGGCGGACUUUCUCGGCCGUCGCUCGACACUGAUCUUAUCGGGAACCCUAGCGUUCGUAGGGUUCCUGAUCAUGUCCCUCGCGGUUUCGUAUGGCGUCCUCAUCACUGGCAGGAUCCUCUCCCUCGUCGGAAUCGGGUUAGGACUCCCGGUUGCGCCUCUUUACAUCGGAGAGGUCGCGAGCCCGAGCCGACGAGGCUGUCUCAACACCAUCCCGGAGAUACUUUCAGUCCUAGGACUGUGGCUAGGUGUGCUGACACGGGCCGCAAUCCGGGACCUGCCAGCGACCUCCCAGUGGAGGGUGAUGGUGGGUAUGGGGAUCAUCCCAUCCCUAAUUUUAGGGGUGGGUAUGUUAUUCCUACCCGAAUCACCCUGCUGGUUGGUUCGGCGGGCUAGAGUCAGGGAUGCGAAAGUUGCCCUCCAACGUACUCUGAAAACCGCGGAAGAAGUUGAAGCACGUUUGCUGGGGUUGAGGAAAGCUGCCAGAAUCCCACCAACAAUGGGAGACGAAAACUUCGACGCCUUGGCACAAGACAUCCGUGUCUUGGCCAUUUGGCAGGAACUGCGACGACCAUUGGUCCGACCCCAGUUGAAAAAGUUGUUGAUCUCCGUGUUCACCAUCCAGUGCCUUCAGCCAAUGUCAGGGGUGGAUCUUCUCACGUACGAGUCGCUGAUGAGGUACCCUCACAACGGUCCGGGCACUCCGGUGGAGUUCGUGAUGGAGGAGCUCCUCCCAUUGUGUGGGAGGUUGCUCCCCAUCUUGGCUCCACUGUUCCUCUCAGAUGUCAUCGGACGGACACCACUCGUGUGUCACAGCUUGGUAGCCGCGGGGAUCUCCAUGGUGUUCAUCAGCACCACGACGACAAUGUUGAACUAUGAUAUCAGCCCGAGAGUUGUCAAGGAGCUGAAGAGGUGGAGCACGAUAGCCUUCUUCGGAUCGUUCUCCUUCGGAUUAGGCCCCAUGACAAUGGUGCAUAGUUCCGAAGCCCUCUCAUUUAAGGUUAGGGCUCAAGUAAUCGGGAUUGCAGUGAUGGUGAACCGACUACUAAGCUUUGGGUUGUAUUGCUUGAAACCAGCUCUAGACCGGGUGUUCGAGAGUUUGAUAUACUGGAUUAUCAACCUCGGAUUCCUAUUCGGAUUGUGGCUGUGCGGCAGGUACAUAAUCGAGACCUCCAACGAUUCCUUGGAAGUGCUGGACAACGAUUUCAGGCCGACACUUGAGCUGAGUUUAGGUCCUCUUGCUACCUAGGUUAGUUACUGCGUGAGCUACUUGAGUCGGUAUUCAUAAAAGGAAGCUCUAAUUAUCCCUUGUGUACUCUGUUACAAGCUAAGAUGAUCUUCUAGUGUGUAUCUCCUCUGGCAUGUGAAUCACUUGCAACUGCAAGUCCCUUCUUUUGUACGCCUAUGUAUUGCUGACUAGCUUUGGCCCUGCCAGAUGGACGGUUCGAUGUGUGAUUAUAUAUGUGAGUAUAAUUUUCGAAGGAAGGUGGCUUAAGUAUGCAUACAAAAAGCCUAUAUACAAGAACAUGAAUCACCAAACGAACGAUGAUGUACAAACCAACAUUUUGCGAUCUCUGUAAGAUGGAAGAAUGAAUUUAACAUACAUCAAUUCGAAAUAAAAGGAGUAAACAACAACAGAACAUUCAGAAACAACCAUCGCAUUGUCGAUGAAAGGGCGCUGCUUCUCCAAGUAUAGGGAGGUUUUGAAAAUUCUGCUUCCUUCAUGGACGAAAGACUGCAAGAGUCGAGAGGUGUUGCAGUCUUUGCCAUGGUUGAUCUGCAGAUUCUAUCACUGUUUUUUCCCUUUUCGAUCCAUCUGCGUCGCAUAUCCUAUUUUCUAGCAAGGCAUAAAUCAAGGGAGUAGUUGAAGUGCGUAGUAGAAGUAAAAGCCAGUUUAUUGUAAGAGACCGAGGUUCCAAUAGUGAUCAUCUGUCAAUUUCUCUAGCUUAGGGCCAUUACAUUGAACCUACGUUUGCAGAAAUUCAGUUUGUUUCUGUGUUCAUAGUUGGGCAAUGAACUUUGAUGGCCAAAUAUGAUGUGGAAAAGGCAUGGUAGUGCUAGUGCUCAAAGUUUCUGUUCCGAGAGUCAAACACAAGGAAGCCAGAAGCUGAUCCUGGUAAUGCAACAGGGAAAGUAGGAGUCCAGCAGCCAAGGAUUAGGACUUUUUGGUCUAGUUACAUACAAGAGUGAGCAGAACAACUUGAGAGCAUAGAUAUGCAGGUAGCUGUUUAAAUCUAAGGGAGGACGUGUUGAAGGCGUCCUGAGAAGAUGCAAUUCAGCUCAUCUACUACUGAGAACACAACAGUUUGCAUUUGACAUUGAUGAAAGGAAAUCAAAACGUUCUGUAGUGGAGUGAAAGGAAAUCCUAGGACUGUGCUUAAAGCUGCUAACUUUAGGUUGGAAGCUGCCAACAGUUAAACUUUAGCCAGAGCCACCCCUAUUUCACCUAAUGCUUCCAAUGGCAUGCCUGUGUCUUAGCCAUAACAGGGAAACGAAUGAGAGAACCCAAAACGUAAAGAUCAAAUCUUUCCGUCAAAAUCAAACAUUAAUCAGACAACCUCAAGUCUCAAUUUUCAAGUACUUAAUAAUAACGGGAGUGGUUUCAGAUUUAAGUCAUUACUACCUAGCGUUGUGGUGGCUGUGGUUUUCAUAGUAGCCGGAGGGAAGUAGAGAAGGAGAUGUACCUCUGCAUCAAUUUCCCGGCGUCACCAUCGUUGUCAUUGACGACGGAUAACUCCCCGACAUCUUGACGAAACCCUCCAUUCGAGGCGACAGUGAAGGGAUCGAGAUCUGGGUCGUUGAAUUCCUGGAUGAUGUCGAAAGAAUUAGAACAGAGUUUUGAUCGAAGAAGAAGAGAUCGCCUCCGUCGGAGGAAACGAUUUCUGACUUUCUGUGCUAUUGGAAGAAAUGGUUCGUGAUUGAGCGGCGGCGACGGCGAGGCUCGCUUUUUGGAUCCGGCAGAGGCGGCAUUGCGGAGGGGAUAUGCGAGCGAGACCCGGCAAAAUUUGCGGGCGAGGCGCGAGAAUUGGGCCGAGCCCACCUGAAAUGGAUCCGAACGUCGAUUGGGCCGAGAUACAGUUCGUAGAAAUAAAGCCCAUAAGAAACCGUACCUUUGUGA